AUGGAGAUAACAGAAACGUACCGGCGUAAUAUCUCAAUUGACAGGCUCAGCGAGUUGCCAGACUCAGUCCUCUGCUACAUUCUCUCAUUCCUCCCAACUCAGAAGUCCGUGGCAACCAGUAUUCUCUCUCGAAGAUGGAGGUAUCUCUGGACCGACGUCCCCAAUUUAUACUUCAACAACGAGAAUCAAGGUACAAUAGAUAGGGUUCUAUCGCUAUACAAUGUCCGAAAUAUCAUUACUUUUCGCCUCUCCGAUAGAAUUGACUGCGACGAUUAUCAAAUCGGUACAUGGAUUACCUUUGCAAUUGAGCGCAAUGUGCAAAAUCUCGAUAUUUGGCGCCAGUCGGCUGAUGUAUUUCUGCCCCGAUCCCUCUUCACCAGCAAAACCCUAGUCGAUUUGAGGCUCCAUUGUUGUGGUGAGUUCCCCAAUAUCGGCAGUGCAGUGAGUUUGCCUCUCCUCAAGAAGCUUCGUCUAAUCUUCAUUCGCGGACACGAGUUCCUUCCCCACCUUCUCUCCGGUUGUCCGGUGCUCGAGGAGUUGGUACUCUAUUUGUCCUUUGAAUAUCGUUCUUUUACCAUAUCUUCGCCCACUAUCAAAACACUUGUGAUCGAUAUUUAUUCCGAUAUUCGCAAGGAUCCCGAUGAGAUGUACUACACCGGCUACAGCCUGGAGAUCGAUACCCCCGCCAUUGUUUAUCUCCAGUUAUUCGAUAGCGCGAACUACCAUAUCAAAUUCGGAUCGGUGGCCUCAUUGACUGAAGCAAGUGUCUAUAUUCAGGAUUAUAGGAAUGAUUUUCUUUAUUCUCGAUCCGUGGUGGAAUUUAUUGAAAGGCUCCGUAACGUACGGUGCCUGAAUUUGGAUUUGUCGCAUCGUGCAGAGAAUAUUCACUCGGUGUUCGCUGCACGGACUAUAAGUUUUCGUAACGUAACCAAACUCGAGAUGACUUCUGAUUGCCGGUUUCUCCCGAAGCUCCUUGAAAAUGCUAAUAAUCUUGAAAUCCUUAUUCUCCGGGAGGUGAAUGAAAAAAUAGACAGAUGGAUGGAUCCCCAGCAAGUGCCGACAUGCCUCGUAUCACGUCUUAGAACUAUAACGCUUUUUCGCUUCGUACGGACAAAACACGAGUUUAAAGCCGUGAAAUAUCUUUUGAAGAAUGCUAUAAUCUUGGAGAAAAUAGAAAUAGUAUAUCCAUGUUAUCUUAUUUCCAAGAAGAGGAUUUAUAUGCUCGAUAAAAUCUCAUCGUUUGAACGAGGAUCUAGUGCAUGUGAAGUUGUUGCCUAUGUUGGGUGAGGUUAACGGAGGUAAACACGCAGUUGCUUGUGAAAUGGUUUAUGUACUCGGGCUUCUAUGAACAAUUUAAUAAUUAUCAUCUGUUUUAUGUGCACGAGCUACAAAAUUCAC